GCUUUUAUUUCCCUUGAUGUUGUGUUUAUGUAUUUUUAUAAACAUAUGCCAUAUAUAAGGUUGUGUGUGCAUAUAAAUGUACGCCGUGCUUUAGUAAAGCGAUCCCCAGACCAUGAAUAAUGAACGCUGUGAGGCCCAGCCCCCUCUCUCUUGCUGUCCUCUCUGUUUUCAUUUGCUUUCUCUCACGGAUCAUGUGACCACACUGAGCAUAGUAAUUAUUCAUGAGCUCUGUGCCGCACCGCGAGACCUGCGCGAGAGAGCCUCCGGCUCCAAGCUGAGGCCCCGCUCCAGCUGCACACAGGGGCCCAUCGGCUGGCACUGGUCAGACGGCGACACCUUACACCGCAGACGGCGAGGAAACACUCGCCCUCACCCCGCCACACUCCGGAUAAAUAAAAGAUGCCCACAAAAGAGAAAAAAACAACAGAAACCAAAGAAAGUGAUGACGAAGGAGAGGAGAAGGAGCCAACGGUGAAAGGAAAGAGUAAGAGGGACUCAAAAACGAGACAGAAGAGCUCAGAGAAAAAGACAGAAAGCACUGAGACACCUACAGAGAAGAGAAAAAAGAGCGAAUCUGUGAAAGAGAAAAAGAAAAAGAAGAAUAAGGAAGAUGUUGAGGUGACAGAGAAUGACAACGGAACAGAUGAGCAGAACAACAAUGAGCCCAUCAGCAAAGAAAAACGGACCUCAAACGAGGAACGGGAGGUAAAGAAAGAGAAGAAAAAGAAGAGUAAACCAUCCAAAAGCAAAGAAGGACAAGAAGACAUGGGGUCCAAGGAGAAAAAGAGCAAAGACGGCAAGAAAAAGAAGAAGUCGUCCCAGGAGGAGGAGGAGGACGCCGUGCAAGAGGAAGCAGAGGAAGAGGAGGAUAAGAAGAAGAAGAAAAAGGAUAAGAAGAAAAAGAAGGGUUCUGACAGUGACGAGGAAAAGAAAGCGAAGAAAGGGAAGAAGUCAAAGGUCAAACAGGUGGAUUAUGCUGAGAUCUACCAGGAAGAGCUGCUGAACUAUCACACGGAGGAAUCAGAUGAUCAAGAAGAUGAAUUCAACAAAAAGAAAGUGUACGAGGUGGUGACCGUCACAGGUGAUGUUAAAGGCGCUGGGACUGAUGCUAAUGUAUUUAUCACCUUGUAUGGAGAGUUUGGAGUGACUCCCAAAGUUCACCUGGCCAGCAAGAGCAGAACAGCCUUUGAAAAGAACAAGACUGAUGUCUUUCGGAUCAAAACGCACAAUGUUGGGCCAAUAAAGAAAAUUAGAAUCGAGCAUGAUAACACUGGCAUGAGUGCCAGUUGGUUCCUGGACCGGGUCAUCGUGACUGACAUGAACAGGCCACACCUCCGAUUCUUUUACGCCUGCAACAAUUGGCUGAGCAGAGAUGAGGGGGAUGGACUUACUGUCCGAUAUCUGUUGGGUAGCCUGAACCCCAUGGACAUCCCAAAACGUAUGUUGUGA